UGGCUCUCGUUGUGGCAUUGUGGCUUUGCGGCUCUGCCCCGCCCCGCCCAUGCUCUUGCCUUCGCGGCUCCCGUUCUCUCCCAGCUUUCUGUUGUCAGUUUAGGGUGUGCAGGGUUGUUUCUUCUUUCAUUGUUAUCUCUACCAUCAUCCUACCAUCAUCCCUUGCGCCCUCCACCGGAUUUCCUCCCUAGGGUUUCGCAAUUGUAUUGUCUAUCACUAUGCGCAACUCUCGCUACGAUCCCAUUAAGGUCGAGCGCAAGCUGCUUCAAGCUGCUGCCACCGGCCACCUCUCGCGCCUUCUGCGGGUGCUGCGAAAGAACGGCAAGUACUUUGUCCACAAGCGCAGGAAACAGGACCGCAAGUCCUCUGUGGACGAUGCGGACGCCGAUGGGAACCGUCGCCGCAACAAGAAGAAGCGCAAUGACGAGGGCUUGUCGGAUAUCGUUUCCGAGUUGGGGUCUGAUACAGAUGAUGAGCCUUCUAGAAGCGGACAUUUCAGUCACUCCUACGACUCCGUUGAGGAACUGGAUGGGAGAAGGCAAAAGGGCAAGAGGCGUUCGCACUGCAGUCGGAAAUCUAAUCAAAGUGAUGUGUUGAGGGAGGCAUUAAUUCAUAUUGACAUCAAUUGCGCGGAUGCGGAGGGGUUAACUCCACUGCAUCAUGCUUGCUAUGCUGGUUCUUCGGACUUGGUAGAUUUCUUGAUCUCAGGAGGUGCGGACAUCACUGCUCAGGAUGCCAAGGGGAAUACUCCAUUGCAUAUCGCAGCACGCUAUGGUUUCACGGAUUGCAUUGCAAAGUUGAGAGAUGCAGGAGGGGACAUGCUCAGUGCCAAUUAUGAGGGGGUGACUCCAUUGAUUGCAGUGGAGGCUAGACUUGAGAGAUUGCGGAAGGAGAAGGAAGAGGAUUUGAAACCCAAGAAGACCUACAUAGAACCGCAAGACUGGGGGACUCGCUUAGAAGAGGAAUUAAGCGAUAAUGAAAGUUGGUGGGGCCAUAGUUGGGGUGAACCUCAGCCUAAGAAGGAUUGGUACAGAGAAAAUUGGUCUGAAUUCCUGUACAAUGAUGAUGAGGAUGAAUACGCGUUUCUGCGGACAAGCAGGAAGACGAAACAAAAAGACCCGCUUGAGGGCGGAUUGUUGAAAGAGUUGAACGAUAAACGGAAACGAGAGCAGGAGGAAAGGAAUCGAGAAGCCAAACGGAUCCUAGAGGAGGAAAUUGCCAAGGACAGAGCAUGGAGGGAGCGGGUUUUACAGAAGAAAAGCGAUGACCGAUGUAAGCUCUAUGAGAUCGCGUGGAAGAAGUUUUCGGAUUCUCGUAAUCUUUGUCUUAGCUACUCUGAUGUACCUUUUCCGGUGGAGAAGGGCAAGGAUGCAGAAUUAUCCAGGGUGAUCCUGCACAACGCCAGUCCUUCAGAGCACAAGCAGUUGCUGAGGAAGGAGAUUCUGCGGUGGCACCCUGAUAAGUUUUUACAGAAAUACGGUUCUAGGUUACAGGGUCCACAUCACGAUCGUAUUUUGGCACGAGUAAAUGAAUUGUCUCAGGCCCUCCACCAACUCUACAGCAGCGUGUGAUGCCCCUCAGUCUUGUGACGCGCUUCUCAGGACGUGCACAAUCUUAUGAUAUGGCAGCACGCUAGUUCGAUUCCAGCACAACUGCAGUUCAUCUGGGUGGACUUGAAGCUGUUUAAGGCAUGUGAGCUUCAUCAGUGAUUUCUUCAGAGGUCCAAUUGUAUGGCUCACGAGAUAUACAGAUACAACAUAUUCUCGAAGGCAGGGACAUUGUUACGAGUACAUGGAGUGGACACCUUUUGCUUGGUUAGUUGGUGGGCGUCAAAGAAGGUAUCCGUUCAUUAGAACGGCUUUUGAAAUUAAUUUUCUCUGAUGUUCGGCACGUUGAAUAUGGCAUUGAUACCUGCGAAAUCUGAACACAACGGCAUUUCCGAAGAAGUUGGUGCUGGGGAGAGGUCCUGGUGCCGUGGGGACAUCUUUUCUGGUUCUUUCCUUGUCCUCCAUCAGGCGACGUUAGCACAUGAAUGUGACUAUAAGAGCAGUUGUGGUUUCCGUUCUGGUAGCAGCUUGCACCGGAUAUUAAAAUUGUUCGUCGAGAUCUAUUUCCUCGAUGUUUGUGUGCUUCCAGUAUUACCUCGAAGAGAUAUGCGAAAUAGUUUGCAUUCCCUCUAAAGACUUUAAAACUACUAUCAAAAUCGGUGGUCAUGAGGAUUCCUUAGUUUGCACGUUUCCUCCAACCUGAAGUUCGAAAGAUUGGUGUGUGAAAGAGGGGAAAUUUUUAUGUAUUGUUCCGGCUCCCGAAAUUGUACCCAAGUUUUAAUCUGAAUGAAAAGCCAAAAAUUGUGCAUCGCCAUUUGAAUUUAA